AACAGUGGAAACAUUCUACAAUAUAAAUCUCACAGCACGUCGCGCAUUUUCGUUUCGUUGUUUGUUUUUCUGUGUCCAUAUAAGAAGUGAAUUUGUUGUUGAACAUUGAGAAGUGGCACACACACACACACACCUACACACCUACAAGCGGAUAACAAAAGAAACACUAAAACACACGCACAGAUACUCGACCAAAAGCAGAAAAUAUGCCUAAGGAACAAGUCAAACUGGAUGCCAGCAAACAGGUCAUCAGCCCAGACGACUGCGACGAUCUCAGCCCAAUGCCACAAACAGCUGCUCCGCCGGUGCGCAGGCGCGGCGGCAUCUCCGCGGAGCCCGUCACCGAGGAGGAUGCCAGCAACUAUGUGAAGAAGGUGGUGCCAAAGGACUACAAGACAAUGAAUUCCCUGUCCAAGGCCAUUGCCAAGAACGUGCUCUUCGCCCAUCUGGACGAGAGCGAGCGCUCCGAUAUAUUCGAUGCCAUGUUCCCCGUCAACCACAUAGCCGGCGAGAACAUUAUCCAGCAGGGCGAUGAGGGCGACAACUUCUAUGUCAUCGAUGUGGGAGAGGUUGAUGUUUUCGUCAACUCCGAGCUGGUGACCACCAUCAGCGAGGGCGGCAGCUUUGGCGAACUGGCCCUGAUCUAUGGCACACCUCGGGCUGCCACCGUGCGGGCCAAGAGCGACGUUAAGCUGUGGGGCAUCGAUCGCGACUCCUACAGACGCAUUCUGAUGGGAUCCACCAUUCGCAAGCGCAAGAUGUACGAGGAGUUCUUGUCGCGCGUCUCCAUUCUGGAGAGCCUGGACAAGUGGGAGCGCCUCACGGUGGCCGAUUCGCUCGAGACAUGCUCCUUUGACGAUGGCGAGACGAUCGUGAAGCAGGGAGCGGCCGGCGAUGACUUCUACAUCAUCCUCGAGGGCUGUGCGGUGGUGCUGCAGCAGCGAUCUGAGCAGGGCGAAGACCCUGCUGAGGUAGGUCGCCUGGGCUCGAGCGAUUACUUUGGUGAGAUUGCCCUGCUGUUGGAUCGGCCACGUGCUGCUACAGUGGUGGCCCGCGGGCCGCUCAAGUGCGUCAAGCUGGAUCGGGCGAGAUUCGAGCGCGUUUUGGGACCCUGCGCAGACAUACUCAAACGCAACAUCACGCAGUACAACAGCUUCGUGUCGUUGUCCGUCUAAAUCAAGGACAACAACAGCAGCAGCAUAAAGCACACCACAGCAGCAACCAACAAAACCAACAAACAAACAAACAACAACGCAGCGAACGCCCACAACAAACAUCUGCAGCAAAAACAACAGCAUCUAGAUGAAGACGAAGACGAAGACAAAGACGAAGAAGAAGAACCCGUAGAAUAAGGGGUUCAAUGCUCAGCAGCAAGAAAUGAAAAUGUCGUAAACACUAAACACUAUAUGAAUUUGUAAAGUUAAUUGCCUUCCAUCCUGUCCCCAAGGGAUGGAUAGACAUAGACCCUUACAUGGCGAUGUUUGCGAUAGGGGAAGAAGGAGCGGAGAGGGAGGUGAGGACGUAUCCAGAGCCCAGGACAAAACUAUGUUAAUUAAUAUGAUUCUGUAUGUUGUGCUGAAAGUUACAUAUACUAUUCGUGUACGUGUGUUCUCUGUGCACAGAUUGCGGCGGCAUGUUCCCCUACGCCCCUACGCGACUCUGCGACACUGGAGCCUGGGAUUUCUUUUCGUUGUUUCGCCAGGCCCCUACUUCUGAAUUCUAUUCAUUCUAUUUACUCAAAGACUUCUCUGCACCUUUCUCUUCCGAAAGAGUCUCGAGCUCUAUUUCAAAAGAAAAAUCUAUUUGUUCUGCAAAUGGAACAUGCUGCCACCCAAAACAAAAAAGAUGGAAAGAAAACCAAAAGAAAAACGUUUCAUUAAAUAUUCAAAAGAUGUCUGAAUGUUUUUGAGCAAAAGAAUUAAAACAAAAUUACAAAAAUAUAUGUGUAUUAAGGAAAAUUAGCCACUGACACACCCACACCCACACAUACACUCACACUCUCACACAGAUACGAUUGCGGGCGAGAGCUGGGGGAAAAGUCAUAUAGGAAAAGUGAACGGAGGAGGAGAGCCACAAACGAUUUUCUGAACAGUUUUUAAUUUUAGUAAAUUAUUUUUAAACCUACAAUUUAGCGGCCAACAUGAAGUCGGAAAGUUCUAUGAAAAUAUUUAACUGAAAUUAAACA